UUUCCAUAUGCAGCACCUCCUCCCCAGGAGCCAGUGAAAACUUUGAGGAGCCUGAUCAACAUCCGCAAAGACACACUGCGUUUAGUCAAAUGCACAGAGGAAGUGAAGUCUCCAGGCGAAGAAGUCAGCAAAGCGAAAGUCCAGUACAACGUAGAGUUCACGUUCGAUACAGAUGCACGGGUGGCCAUAACCAUUUAUUAUCAAGCCACUGAAGAAUUUCAGAAUGGAGUGGUGAGUUAUAUCCCCAAGGAGAGCAGUUUACACUCCGAGACUGUCCAUUAUAAGCGAGGUGUAUGCCAGCAGUUCUGUUUGCCUUCCCAUAGCAUUGAUCCCUCAGAAUGGACUGAAGAAGAGGCCUCUCAUUCUUUGCAGCUGAGCUUUGAUCUGGACCGCGAAAUAUAUCCCAUGGUGGUUCUUGCAGUGGUAGAUGAGGGAGAUGAGCAUAUGGGUCACUGCCAUGUAUUGCUGGCAACUUUUGAGAAGCAUGCGGAUGGCGGCUUUUGUGUGAAACCCCUCAAACAAAAGCAAGUGGUGGAUGGAGUGAGCUAUCUCCUUCAGGAAAUUUAUGGGAUAGAAAACAAAUAUAACACACAGGAUUCAAAGGUGGCAGAGGAUGAGGUGAGUGACAAUAGUGCAGAGUGUGUAGUCUGCCUCUCCGAUGUCCGAGACACCUUGAUCUUACCUUGCCGCCAUCUCUGUCUCUGCAACACUUGUGCUGACACCUUGCGCUAUCAAGCUAACAAUUGUCCCAUCUGCAGAUUACCAUUUCGGGCCUUGUUACAGAUCAGAGCCAUGAGGAAAAAAAUGGGACCCCUCUCCCCCACCAACUUCAACCCCAUCAUUGCAUCCCAGACAUCCGAUUCAGAGGAACAUUCAUCUUCAGAAAACAUCCCUCCUGGCUAUGAGGUUGUCUCCUUGCUGGAAGCCCUUAAUGGGCCUCUCACUCCAUCCCCAGCAGCCCUUCCAGUCCGUGUGCUUGGGGACAACCAUGUGUCAGGCAUGCUACCCACAUAUGGCAGUGACAGCCACUUGCCUCCCAUCCAGACACUGCCUUCCCUUGAACGCUUAUCAGAUUGUGGCAGUCAAGGACAUAAAUUAAAGAAGAGCCUGUCCAAGUCAAUCUCACAACAUUCCUCGGUAUUACAUGAAGAAGAAGAUAAGGCUUGUAGUGAAUCUGAAGUCAGGAUUUCCCAAAGGAAGUCUCCCUGUCCUCGUGGAGAGAAUUGUGGUGUGACACCUGAAAGCGAAAAUAUCACCCUAUCCUCCUCAGGAGCAAUAGAUCCAUCUUCAUGCACAGGAACACCUCUUUCUUCUACCAUUUCUUCUCCAGAAGAUCCUGUUAGUAGCAGUCUGGCUCAGUCAGUCAUGUCUAUGGCCUCCUCCCAAAGUCAGCACUCCGAAAUCAGCACAGAUACCAUGUCUUCCAUGUCAGGUUCCUACGUAGCCCCGGGCACAGAAGAAGAUGGAGACAUGGCUGCAUCCCCUGCUGUUGUCAGUGAGGUACCUUCAGAAGGAGAUUCAACUCCUGUUGAGUCUUCUCCCGAUGAAAAUUUUGUCAGUAUCUCAGCAGAGGAACGAGAUGUGGAGGGGAAUGAUGUCAGGGAAGAAGAGGAUGCCUCUCCCACACAGGAAGAUGGCCAAAGGACAGGCGCAUACCUAGGUAUGGAGUGUGACAAUAACAAUGACAUUGGCAACGCAAGCGUGAAAGUUCUGGACAAUAAGGUGUGCUCUGAGGCCCGCUUACCUGAUCUUCCAACAUCAGCUGACAACUCGCCAAACCACAGCCAAAUGCUGAGACACCCCUUCUCUGAUAAUGCUGAUCUGGAGUUUGCUGAAGAUAUGCAGCAUAUGUUGGGACCUCUGUGUCAUCAAUACCAGAAAGAAAAAAUAAUGAUACUAAACACUCUUCACAAUAACAAGAGCAGCAAAGUCGUGGGUACAAACUUCAUCAAGUACUGCAGAUCAUAUGAUACCUAUUUUAAAUAGAUACAUAAUACUAAGCAUUCAAAAAAAUCGCUAACUCAAUGGUUUGUGGUGGUGGUUUGUAUUAAAAUGAACUUGUGGAGAGGGUGGAUGAAUGAGCUUGAGAUGAAUGAGCUUGAGAUGGAUUUGAUGGUUGGUACCUCCAUAAAUUUUCUCUCCUUUCCCUCCUAUUUUUAUCUUGCCAACUCAACCCGCUUUGUAAUCAUCCUUUCCUUUUAUGCUCUUAAUCUAACACUUGUUUAGGGAUUGUCAUAACACUGGGUUCCUUCUGCUACGUAGCUAUGAAUUAAUGCCAGGUUAUCUGUUAAGUUCUUAGCAUGUACAUACUGAAUGUGUGAUUGUGAAAAUGUAAUGUAUGCGGAAACAAAUUCACACCUCCAAAUCUAUGCAUUGGAAGAGCACCAUGUCUUCAUCCGGAGUGAUAAAUGCAUUUUAUAUCACCUAAUGCCUGCUGACUUGAGAAGAAACAUAAUGAUCUGCCUUUUUAUCUAUUCCAGUUUCAUCCUGUAGCCUUUUAGUUACCCUUCAAACAUGCUCAGUUAGCUGUUCUGAGCCACAUCUAAGGGGUCAAUGCCAAAGAUCUAAUAUCAGUUAUAGAUUAUUCAAGAUCUGGGCUGAAUUGUGGGAUGUAACAUACAGAGACAAUGCUGUUUCAGGGGAAUUAACACACCUAGUACCAUCAGUACUUUGGUCAAGAAAUAAGUUCUCUCCAAGUGGAUAGGUAAGUAGUGUAGCUAGCUCUAAUUGAAACUUUUCAACAGGGAGAUUUCUCUGUCCCUCCCCCCCUUCGGCAAAAGGAAAUGAACUAACUGUAGGUGUGGCUGGGGAAAACAAAAAGAACUGGCAUAAAAUAGCAAUUUGUUGAGAGAUAUAUUAAAUACAUUAUUUGUAUGGUGAUGUCACUUGAACUACAUGCAUGUUGUUAAAGUCUGUUUAUAUGGGUAAAGCCUCUUUGAAGAUGUCUUUCAUUACACAUUUGUUAAUUAUCAUGUUAACAUAUUUCCCUUGGUGACGAGUAUAUGAAAAUCAUACCAAGGCAGCAAUGUGAUUUCUUUUACACUGAAAAACAAUUACUUGCUUGUUCAUGUAAUGAUCGUGCUGCAAUUCUCUUUCCUCCCUUCCCAACAUAUUACUAGCAAUCUGGUGAAUCUCCAGUAUCUUGGGGCCAACUGUUUUUGAAUAUAUGCAUUAAAACUAAUGAAAGUUUUGGAGAUACGAUCUCUACUGGACUACUGAAGCUAUGGACAUAAAUGGCAUUCAAGCAGUUUUUUGGAGACAUGGCGGAAGCAAAACUACUAACUGUAGAUGCGUAUGGAUUUUUUUUUCUGUUUAAAGCUGCUUUACCUGUCUUUGGGUGCCAUCCUAUUGGAUAUUAACCAUAAAGUUUUACAGCUGGACAAUCUAGUUCCAUUAAUCAUUCAAUGAGAAGGGUUCAUUUAUAAUUUCCAUCAGAGUAAUGGUGGUGGACUGCUUGGUUUUACCUUGAAUCCUUGCUUCUAGGUCUUCGUUAAUAAGCUAUAGUAACUGACAAUUCUUCACAGAGAUGUAGAGUUAUUUUCCAGGAGAUACUUUCUGGAUGAUGAUCUUGUGUAGCCUCCAAAGGAAGAAGACAAAGUGCACCUCGUCACGUUCUGCAUCAUUCCUCAUCCCCUUUUCAAGUUUUAAAAUGCAAAUCUGCUCAGGUACUAUCAUACCUUACUUUGUGUAGUCACAUAAGAACAAAUGUGUGCAUUGCUACAUUGGCAGCAUUUCCACUGCAUCCUUGGAUGGCUUAAUGAAAAAUACCAAGUUUAAAUACACAUUAACUAAACAGUAAAAAAUGGUAAAAAUGGUAAAAGUAAACAAAAGCAAAACUACUCAGCUCUUAUUUUGACUUAAUCUUCUCCAAACAAGGAGAUGUUAAAAAAGCAACUGGGAAGAACAGAAUAAAGUGACAGGAUUGAGGUUUGAGGGCAAAAGAAAUAUGGUCAGGAAAUACCUGUUUAUUUUUGAAUAAGAAAAUUAAUUCAAUAUCAAUUGGAUUUUAUCCUUGGAUAUCAAAGGAACUGAUUGACAGUGCUGCAUGAUCUUUGGAAAAUCUUGGAGAUCAGGGAAUGUGCAAUGCAGAAGAGAAUAAAUGUUUCCCUCUUCAAAAAGGGAGGAAGGAUCCAGAGGAACUAGAGGUCAAUCUAAUACCAGUAUCUGAGAAGUUGAUCUAGUAAUUACCUUGUUUUCAAAAUGUUGACAGAAGCCAGCUUGGAUUUGUCAAGAAGUCUAACCUAGCAACCUAGCUACAGGAUGAAAUGCUACAGAUAUAAUUCAGUAUUUUUUAUUUCAGCAAAGAAUUUGGAAAAAAAAACACCCCAUGCUAUUCUGAUUAGCCAACUGGUUACUUGUGGAUUUAAUUUUAUAAUAAUUAAACAGUUGGUUUUUAAAAUUAUAUUUAAGAGUAUCCAUCGAUAAUUCCACAUCAAAUCAAAUGAACUUUUGUAAAUGACUGGAAUGAGAAAUGGAAAUUUGAUUAGAAUUCUUUAUUAACCAAGUGUGAUUGGACACACGAUGCUCCUCAGAUUUACUGACAACACCUUCAAAGCUAGAAAUAAGGCUUAGAACAAUCCUGACAGGUUACAGAAAUGGAUCAAAAAUAAUAGAUAAUAAUAAUAAUAAAAAUAAUAAUGGAUCAAAAAUAAUACAAUGAAUUUAAUAUAUAAAUGUGAAAUUGUAUAGGAAAUAAAUCAAUUGUACAGGUAUAGAAUGAAUAUCUAACUGGAUAUUGGUUAGAAAGAUUUUGACAUACUGGUAGUUGCCACAAAUUUUAAUCAGCAGGUGGCAUUGCUGCAAAAAAAAAGGCAAAAUAAAAUUUGGAUUCUAUGUAAGUAUAAGUAUCAAAUUGCAAGAAGUAUUUGUUCCAUUUUAUUAUAGUGAGAUCUUAUCUUGACCAUCAAUCCCAGUUCUUGAUACCAAACAGUAAAAAUGUUUAAAAUAAAAUGCAAUAAGUUCAGAGAAAGCCAUAAGAAUGAUGGAGAAGCUGGAAAUGAAGACUUGUGAAAAGAGGAACUGAGAAUGAUUGACCUUGAGAACAGAAAACUAGGAGGAAAAGAUCAUCUUCAAAGGCCUGAAAGGAUGACCCAGAGAAGAAGAUCAAGUUCUGUUCUUUAGCCUUUUAGAAUACAGGACAUGUAAUUAUGAACUUAUGGGAGGGUUCAAUUGAAUGUUAGGAAAAGCUUGAAACAAAUGGUGAGUUCCCCUUUACUGCAUGUGUAAAGUGAAUGCCAGAUAGCCAUCUGCUAAGAAUCCCUGCACUGAGCAGGAGGUUGGAUUUGAUGGACUAAAUGUGGCCCCUCCUAGUUCUUUGACUUUAUGAACAAUAUUGAUAGUAUUUUGAAAGUCCAACAACAGUAGCAACAAACUAGCAGAACGAACUUGAGGGGCAUUCAGAAUAAUGCCUCAUGAAGUGACUAAGUGGAUCUGGAGUCUUCACAUGAUUUGGUGCAGCUGGUGAACACCAAUGGUUGGUUGCUAACUCGUUUACUACUGGUUCGCUCGCGCAUGUGUAGAAGCAUCCGGGCGGGUGGCCGGAACCUCCCGCUGCCGCCACUACUGGUUCAACUAAACCAGGCCGAACCGGCAGCAACCCACCUCUGGUGAAUACCCAUGCAAGUUAUUUUGUCCUAUGAGCAUGACUUUGUCUAACUGUUCUCAUUCUUCAUUUAGAAAACUAGGCAAAAGUGCAUUUCUUUGAGCUUACCUCACCUGUUACGUAGUAUGCCUGUAAAAUAUUCAUAUAUUGAGACAAUGUCUGCAAUUAGGACAAAUGUUAAAAGGGAUCAUGGGAUUGGUUUAGGCGAUGUGUAUAUACUUUAUUCUGUUCCCACCAAUACUCUCGAAAUGUGUGUGGUCCUAAUGUUCCAGGCAUCUUUCUAUAAAGACUGUAAUAAUGGUAAUCGAAUGGCAGGAAAAGAAAUGGCCCAGCAAGGCCAUUCUAAAAUGUAGCUUUCUCUUGUAGCCUUUUUCUCUCAGGGACGAAGGCCAUGUUUCCUGCACCCCUCCUAGCCAGUUUUUGUUUUGUGAAAACAGAAAUUGCCAGAUGCAGAAAUUGGGCCGAUCUGAAAUACAUCAAUGAGCAAAGAGUGGGAGCAGAUAAGCAAGUGGAAUCUCACUCAGGACUGCAGCUAUAUUUGACCCUGGGCAAUGAAGGAUGAAGCCCUCUGGAUACACUUGUGUGCACCUCAAUGACAAUGAUGCAAUAUGUAUUUAGGAUUGCAUGACUCUUUCAAAGAGUGAAUAAAAUUGUUUACAAUGGA